GCUGCUCUGUUCUGGGCCUUGCGCUUCGAUUGCGCUGGAGUCAUAGACUCCUUUUCCUCGCUACUACUCCGGCCGAAACCUGGUUCUCCAUCCAACGACGUCGGCUCGGUCGGUUGGCCGAAGAUAUCACUGCCAGAGGCGGAAUGCUUCGAGAAUGACUCGGGUGGAGAGUGUGGCGGAUGUCCGAACGAUGCGGCGGGGUUCUGGAAGCGAAACGAGGGGUCGAAGGACUGAUAAGUCAACGAGGCGAGAGUAUCCUGGAUGUCAUCGGUCUGUGGGUUUCGCUGGUGGUUGUCAUCGUCGUUCUGACCAAGGGGCGGCGCUCCUUGCAAGUUGUAUAAAGAGAACGGUUGGGAUUGGGGAUUGGGAUAGUAUGGGUACUCCAUCUCUUAGGUUCUUGAGCGAUCUCCUGAA